GACAGCAGUAGUUAAUGGAGCGACUGUUCACUAUUCUGGUUUUGGUGUUGGCACAGGGAGAAUCGCAGAAAACAGACUUUUGCAAUAAAAAGCUGUGCAAGGAUGGUUUGAAGCACUUGGCUUGCGGAAAUCAAGAUUGGAAUUGGGAUGAAUGUGGUGAUGAUCCGUAUUUGGUGGCCAUAACGGGCAGCACCAAGAAACUGAUUUUGAAAGAACAUAAUGCGUAUCGAAGCCUUGUUGGCAGCGGAAAGCUGCACGGAUUACCUCCCGCAGGGUAUAUGUUGGCUCUGAAGUGGAAUCCAGAGCUGGCCUUUAUAGCUGAGGUUUUGGUAAAGCGCUGCUCCCUCGAAGACGUCAACAAGUGCCUUGCAACCGACAAAUAUUCGCACCCUGGCUAUAACUCGGCGUACAACAUAUUUACUGGGGAGCAAGACGAAGUAAAAAUUAUACGUGCACAAAUUAGGGCAUGGUAUUAUCAGUAUAGGUACACCACUAUCGAUAGUUUAGGUACUGGUAGGGGGCAGAAGGGAAAGGAAAUUGGACAUUUUCUUCAACUGAUAUUUGGAUACAACGACGCAGUCGGCUGUGCAAUUGCCAGAUACACUCAAGAGGGUAAGAUUGUCCAGCUGAUGUACUGUGUCUACGGUUGCAGCAGAUAUAAAUGCCAACUUACUUAUGAAGCUGCAAAGCGUGCCGGAAAGAAUUGUUUAUGGGGUGUACAUAAAGACUACAACUUUUUAUGCAGUUCAACGGAUGAAGUUGAGGGCUGUGGUUACAAGAAACGCUGUAAAGGUGCUAAAUCCUCUGAUGAAAUCGACAUCGCCGAAAUCGAAGAAAUAAGAGCCGGCCUUGACAAAUGCGAGUUGUUCCCAAGGCCAGCAACAAAGCGCCCCAAAAAUAAACCCACAAGGAGGCCCAGGAAGAAACUUACGUGCAUUAUUGAUAUACUGGGUAUUUGUGAUGAUGCACUUAUAUCUGUCGGUGACAUCCUGGGCUCAAUGUUUUGAGCAUAGCAAAUUAUUUGUAAAAAAAUAAUUACAAUACUAAUUCAGAAGACCCCCAAAUUUCAAAUCGUA